AUGGCAGAGGAAUCUAGCAACAAUCCAUACGUCGAUACGUUUCUGACGGCACGUCCUAAGGACGGCAUUGACGCUGUUCAAGAACGUUUGAGAACUGGAAGACUGCUCGAUGAGGAACUAGCGCAGUACUUUCGAGAAAGAGCACAAAUAGAAGACCAAUACGCAAAGAGCCUCGUCAAGGCAUCUAAAAAGCUAUUUAUCACUGAUAAAACUAUCUUGGGCAAUUUUGCGCCUGUAUGGGAUCUCCUGUAUAAUGAAUUUACCGAAACGUCAACAGCACAUGCCGUAUUGAGCUACAAGAUUGCUGACGAGAUUGAGAAACCAUUGAGGAAUCCACCUGUGGAAUACAACAAGGCAAAAUCUAUGGAACCGACAUUUCAGCGUCUUGCCAAAGAGUAUGAUGAGAAUGCAAAGAAGAGCAAAAAGAGUGGUGACAAGGGCACUCUUUUCAAACGUUCCAAUAAGGAUUCUGGUGCCUCCAAACGCAACAUGGAAUCAGCUUCUUCACAAUGGGUGCGAGACGGUCCUGAAUUCUUAAUGCAUCAUCAAUUGUUGGAGGAAUCUCGAUUACAACGACUCAAGGCGUUAGUGGAGCAAUUCUCACAGCUUCAAACGGAUCAGAUGAUGAAACGCAUGGAGAUUGCCAAUGUCACCAUGUCGGCUGCUUCGGCCUUUGACGUGCAGAGCGAGCUUGAGCAAUUUUGCAAAUCACGUGGACACGGCAUGGCUAAAGCAUCAGCUACAACUUCCGUCAAUAUCCCUCAUUCCGAAUCACGCAGACACAGCCUUGAUGGCCGCCAAAGUAGUAAUGGAAGCUAUUCUCAAGUCUCUGAACCCGAAGUGGCACGUCCCCCAUCAAAAACAAGCCGUGUAAGGUCAACAUUCUCUAUACGACGAAAGACUCGUAAUGGUUCAGCAACACGACUUCCAGACACGCCAUCCAUUGCAGAAGAACCAUCACGUGGCAGCUAUUAUCAUGCUGAUGCAAACAGUAGCCGGGCAUCACAUAGCUCAAGGGGCAAUAUAUCCAAUCCUUCCACCCCACCAGCACCAGCAUCAUCAAUGCCAGCAUCCACGAGCCUUCAUUCUUCAGAACAAUUACCAACACAACAGGCGCCACAAGUUGAUUCAGAAGGCUACACAAUUCCUCCACCCGAUAGAUCAGCAUACACGAUGGCUGUUCAAGAUGAUAAUGCAAGCUUCGACACUGACUCGGCUAGUUUGCAAACGGGGCAACGACUCAAAAUUGAUAUUCGUAAUGAUGCUAUCCAAAAAGAAAAUGAUCCUGAAGCACACGCUGCGUUGAACCGUAUGUCGACAUUGUUGAGAGAUCGAACACCUUCUAUAUCACGACGACCCCGUGGACGACGAGACAACACUCGCAGUAUGCAAAUCGAUCCUGGACAUGGCAACACCAACAAGAAUGAGGAUGCAAUCGUGCAGGGCAGCUCCGUGAUCUCAUCAGCAUCAACUACGCCAACCAAUCCUUUCCACCAAAACUCUUUCGACCUUUCAACACCAUCCUCGCAAAGCCCAACCUUAUCACAUGACAUCCCUUCUUCCAACCAAUUGCAAGCUAUCUCUGAAACGGGACAAUCUCAAAUUUAUGCAUCUAUUGUCGAGAUCGUUGAAAGAGAUCCACAAGCGGACGAUAGCGUGCGUGUUACUGGACACAUUAAACUUGUAUACAACGGCCCAACAGCAUUGACAGAUCCACUCCUUUUGAGAUUACACAGCCCAAGCAAGGAAGCGAUGGUCAAACCUAAUCCAACGUUUGUGGAAGCAUGGCAACAAGGUGAUGAUCCUGAGAUCUAUCGACUGAAACCAGAAGCUUUUGAGAAUUACCGCCGAACACCUGUUCCAUGCUUUGCAUACCAGUUACAAACCUCAUCAUCAGUAUUACCAAUGCAGCUAUCACCCGCAUGGAAAUGUACGCCCGACGCUAGUUAUUUGAUUGUCAAACACAAGAUGGCAGACGAUGUAUCAUUGAGCAAGAGUCAGCUUGCCGUGUGUGUCAAGUUUGAUCAAGCGACGGUGACCAAUGUGCAAAGCACACCACAAGGAGCAUGGGAUGUGAGCAGGAAACAAUUGACUUGGACCAAUGAAGCCAUUCUUCAGAGCAAAGAUUCGUCGAAAUUGUUGGCCAAGUUUAUCACAUCAGAGCAAGGAUCACCUGUACCUGUGGCAUUAAAGUACUAUUGCAAGGAUGUUUUGGUCUCAGGAGCAGCGAUUGAAGCCGUGCCUGCAUAUGGAUCGACAUUACAGAUUAAGCAAGUACAACAAGUAGUUAAAUCGGAUAAGGUGUAUUUCGCUCCUUGA